AUGGAACCGUCAAAACGUACUCCGGCAUCAAUCCGUAAGUUAAUUGACAACAUUCGUACGACUUGUGAAGUAACGUUACAGUGGGUAAUAAACCCAGCAACAGUGAAAUCGUCACGCGAACUUCGGCGGCGUAUUCAAAACUUGGAGCAACGUUACACAGAAGCUCGUCAACUCAAUGAAGAACUUCUCAUUGAGGAUGAAACGGAGACUGGCGAAGCAGCUAUUGAGCUCGAAAACUUGCUUCUAAGUACCAUGGCACAAGCAGAAACUCUACUCGAUAGCAUGGAAACGAAGGAAACAGUAGCUAGUGAAGGAAGUUAUCUGAGCUGCAGAGGUCCUAAGCUCAAUAUUCGUCUGCCCAAGAUAGGUUUACCAGAGUUCAGUGGCCAACCUCCAACUGACAACUGGACCAGUUUCUUUCAACGUUUCUCAACUGCUCUUCAAGAUCCUUCAAUACCUGAUAUACAUAGGUUGGAAUACCUAUUCAGUUGCUUAAAGGGUGAUGCUGCCAAGUUGGUAGAUAACAUAAAGGUAUUAGAAGGUAAUUACGAUGUAGUGCUCCGAAUACUUCGAAAGAGGUAUGACAAUAAGCGUUUGAAUCUCCGCAUCAACCUACAGCAGUUGUCCGAGCUGAAAAGUGUCCGUGAAAACGAUGCGGAAUCCCUACGUAAGUUAGUAAAUACUACCACUGUGAGCAUCCGAGCUGUUGAGAAUAUGGGUUUUAAGCGCGAUCAGUUAGCCAAUGAACUGAUCACACAGCUCGUUGUCACAAAGCUAGAUACACGUACGAGAGAAUUAUGGGAAACUUCGUUGAGUGAUUCGCUUACAAGCACAGAGGAGGAGGAUCCGGACGUUGACUCCUACACUGAGCUGAUGGAUUUCCUUGAAAAGCGCAUUCGAGUACUCGCAUCUGUCUUCGUUGCUCCUGAGAACUCCAACAACGCACCGAACACUGGUACAAAGGCGCGUCAACAGGCUGCGCGCACUCGUAGCGCCGCAACGUUAGUCUCCAACAAGCCAGAGAACGCCGACACAGUUCGUACCUGUCCUGUGUGUAACAAAGCCCAUGCGUUAUACCAGUGUGAUGCUUUCAAGGCGCUCUCACCUACACAACGCUAUGAGAAGCAGGCUUCCAGCGGAUCCGCAACAUCAGGUACUGGAUCGGGAGCGCCAGGCACUGGCUCAGGCGCGUCAGGCAGUGCGUCGGCAACCGGAACGCCACACGACACAUCAACACCGCCUAAACCAGAUCCAGCUGCUACUGUCGUUACUGGUGUGGCUCAACGACGUUUACGUAAUGUGCUACUUGGCACUGCGAUGCUCUGUGCGUCACCCAGCGGCAAGGAAAGUAAUCAGACGUGUACAGCAACGGCGUUAUUGGAUGGCGGAUCCCAUAUAACGCUCAUUACGAGUCAGGUAGCUAGACAGCUCAAUCUCAAUCUACGUAGAUCGGCGAUUCAGAUAGGAGGGGUAGGCGGCUCACAGACCUCCGCCACCUCCUCCGCAUCCAUCCGCAUUACCUCGAAUGAUGGGCAGUUCUCAAGAAUUAUACACGCAUCGGUAGUAGAUUACAUCACGGACCCCCUACCCAGCUGCAGCUUCGCGCCUCCGUCAACAUGGCAGUUUAUCAGCCAGUAUCAGCUCGCCGAUCCGAGAUUCUAUCAGUCAAAAUCCGUUGACAUUUUGAUAGGUGCCGACUACCUAUACGAUAUAAUGCUGCCGGAAAUCAUCAAACAGGCGUCCGCGCCUACGUUGCUCGCUUCUCGCCUUGGCUGGGUGGUCUCCGGCCCAUACUCUGCCUCAGCUAUCGACUCCGGCGUCCGCUGCACUGCAACUACUGUACAGAGAGCCGAAUUCGACGCCGUAAGUCAGUUCCUUGGUCUCAGUGAAGAAUUAUCUGCGCAUCUGAAGAAGGAGCUCUCUGUACAAGACGAAUUCGCCGAACAGCUUUUUAUCAAGACUCAUACUCGCAUCAACGGACAUUUUUCAGUGCGCCUACCCAUCUUACAAGGCCAACUUGGCGAGUCUUACAAGAUGGCGCAGCAGCGUCUUGCUAGAUGUAAGGUCAGUGACAGUUACCGCGAAUUUCUCCGAGAAUAUGAAGCUUUAGGCCAUAUGACUAGAGUAAACACCCUCGGACAAGCGAAAUACUACAUCCCUCAUCACUCUGUGUUCCAUAAUGGAAAAAUUCGCGUAGUUUUUGACGCUUCAAUGCGCACCACGAAUGGUCUGUCACUGAACGACAUCCUUCCGGCCGGCCCAAUCUUGCAGAAACCAGUUUACGAAGUCCUGACAGUGUUCCGAACAUACUGCUACGCCUUCAUGGCCGAUAUCAUCAAGAUGUUUCGACAGUUUCUCAUUGAUCCAGAAGAUCGAACCUGGCAGCAUAUUCUCUGGUAUGACGAAAACGGCGAGGUGAUAGAAUGCGAGCUGAACACCAUUACGUACGGCACACGGAGCGCGAUCUAUUUAGCGGUUCGUUGUGUUUAUCAGAUCGCAGCAGAGAAUAAGCAGACGCGUCCGGCAGCGGCGGCGGCGAUCCUAAAGGGAUCUUACAUAGACGAUUUCACCGGAGGAGCUGAGAGUCUCACCGAAGCCAUCGCACUUCGCGACGAAUUGAUCGAUGCGCUUUCAUCCGCUUGCUUGGAGUUGGGUAAAUGGCAAGCAAAUGACCCAGGCCUACUGCCAGCAACCACCACCACUCCGGAAUCCGCGGACAAGCCUGCGGCGCAAGGCCGCGCGCUCGGUGUUGAUUGGAACACCGAAAAGGACGUUUUCGAGUUCGUUUCACUCACCAACUUGAAGUGGGCUGGAAAGACUUUGACAAAGCGCAGCGCUUUAUCGUUUGUAGCCAGUAUUUUCGACCCUCUGGGCUUAUUAGCGCCUCUAACGAUUGCUGGGAAACUCCUAAUACAGCAGCUCUGGAGUGUGAAUGCUGGCUGGGACGAUCCAGUUAGCCCGCAGUUUCAGAAAGACUUUGACGCAUUUUGCAAGAAACUACCCAUUGCUGCGACGAUGAAAUUCGAACGAUACCUGCGUACCGGCGAUCCGAAGCUCCCAGCUGAGUCACGGUUCAAAAUUCACGGAUUCGGCGAUGCAAGCAAGCAGGCCUAUGCUGCCUGUGUUUACAUCCGAAGUUGGCAAGAGGGGACACCGUCGACAUGUCUCAUCAGAUCGAAAACGAGAGUAGCACCGCAGAAUCAAUCUCGCACCAUCCCACAGCUCGAAUUAUGCGCAGCUGACCUGCUAGUUCAACUUGUACAGGAGGUAGCGACGACUUUGAACUACCCCCUCACCAGCUGUUACAUGUACACAGACUCGAUGGUUGUUUUAGCCUACCUAGCCAGAGACUCAAGCCACUGGAAGCCCUACGUGGCUAAUCGAGUGAAACGUAUCUCCACAGCUAUAAACUUCGAGCAAUGGCGACAUAUUUCCGGUGAUCAGAAUCCAGCAGACAUGGCAACGCGCGACGACUCGUUUUCGGCCUUCCAGCAACGCUCAACGCUCUGGACCAAUGGCCCAGAUUUUCUUCAGAAUGCUACAAGCCCUCCGGCCCCUGCGGUACGUGCUGAAUUCGACCUCGAUUCUACUCCAGCAGCACAGGUUUACGUGAACGUAAUCUCAGCGAGCAAAGCGCCCUUGGCAGAAUACCCACCAGUGGCCAGAUACCUCAUCUCUCGCUACUCGGAGUUCUCCAGUGCUCGUAACAAGGUCGCUGCUUGGCUGAGAGUCAAGGAUUAUUUGCUCGCUAAAAUUCGGCAAACACCACUACCCCAAGGUCAGUUUUCAGCUCGCGAACUUCGAAGAGCUGAAUUGGAAUUGGUUAAAGCUGCUCAGGAGGAAGCUUAUGGCAAGGAGAUUGAGAAGCUGAAGGCUCAGAAGACGUUACCUCGCCGAAGUCCUCUCUCAUCCUUAGCCCCCUUACUGGACAACGACCUUGUACGCGUUGGUGGCCGGAUAUCACGCGCCGAAUUGCCUUACCGGCGGCGGCAUCCACUCAUCCUACCCGCAAACCACCGCUUAACGCAGCUGCUUAUUCGCGACGCUCACUUCAGAUUUGCUCACGCAGGCCUACAGUUCAUCAACUCGUAUCUCCGCAGCAGCUAUUGGUUCGUUGGAAACCUCACCGCACCUAUUCAGAAAGCAAUACGCACCUGCGCAAAAUGUGCGCGAUUCCGACGCAACGCACAGAGAAUACCACCAAUGGCCGACCUUCCGGAGGACCGCGUACGUCCGAAUGCGCCAUUUUCAGUCGUCGGCGUAGACUAUGCUGGACCCUUUACUCGCAAAUCUGAGAUCCGCACUCGAAGCGCCACUGCCCUGAAGACGUACGUAGCUGUGUUCGUUUGUUUUAGCACACGAGCAGUGCACUUAGAAAUGGUCCUCGAUCUUACAACAGCGGCGUUUUUGGCAGCCCUCAAGCGUUUUGCGGCGCGCCGCGGUUCUCCGUCAGUUAUAUACUCGGACAACGGAACGAACUUCACUGGUGCUGCCAGUGAACUCACUCAGAAGUUCGCGGAGCUCUCAAAAUCGCCGCAGAUCCAAGCCCACUCUUGGCCGCAUCCGAUUGAGUGGAAUUUCAACCCACCGUCAGCACCCCAUAUGGGUGGCCUCUGGGAAUCGGCGGUCAGAAUCAUGAAAAAUCAUCUGUAUCGUACGAUGGGUUCAACUGUACUCACAGCUGAUGAAUUUGGCACAGUUUUAUGCCAGAUCGAAGCUAUAAUGAAUUCAAGGCCAAUGACUCCAAUUAAAAGCUCGUCACUGGAGCCGGAUGCGCUCACCCCUGGUCAUUUCAUCAUUGGCCGCCCUUUAGUGGCUAUACCUGACGACAUAACUGAGAACGAGAAGAUCCGCUACUCUCAACGCUGGGAUCUCACAACCCAGUUGAGAAAUACGUUUUGGCGCAGAUGGUCCGAGGAAUAUCUCACCUCCUUACAGAAGCGCCAUAAAUGGACAGAUCCGGCUCGCUCCUAUCAGAUCGACGAUAUCGUGCUGAUUCAGGAGAACACCUCACCUCUCACCUGGCCGCUGGCUCGGGUCAUUCACCUUCACCCUGGCUCAGACGGCGUAGUUCGUGUCGUUGACCUCCGCACGCGAAAUGGGUCAACGCUUCGCCGACCUGUGGCAAAAUUGAUCCCACUUUUGGACACAGACGAAGUUUCGACGCCAUAA